UAUCAUGCUAAAGGUAAACAAGGUGGACGUGGUCCACAUGAUCCUGGUAAAUUUACUGAUGAUAUUAAACAAUGUUUACAACAAGCUGUUGGUUAUUAUGAAGAAAAUCUUGAAUUAAUGAGAGAAUUAAGUGAUUCAGCAGCACAAGGUAGAGCAUGUGGUAAUCUUGGUAAUACAUUUUAUUUACUUGGUGAUUUUAAACAAGCUAUAUUUUAUCAUAAUGAAAGAUUAAAAAUAGCACGUGAAUUUGGUGAUAAAGCUGCUGAACGUCGUGCAAAUAGUAAUCUUGGUAAUUCACAUAUAUUUUUGGGUGAAUUUGAAAAAGCAGCACAACAUUAUAAACGUACACUUGUAUUAGCACAAGAAUUAAAUGAUCGUGCUGUUGAAGCACAAGCAUGUUAUUCACUUGGUAAUACAUAUACAUUAUUACGUGAUUAUCCAUCAGCAAUUGAAUAUCAUUUACGUCAUCUUGAUAUUGCACAACAGCUAAUUGAUCGUGUUGGUGAAGGACGUGCAUGUUGGUCAUUAGGAAAUGCAUAUUCAGCAAUGGGCAAUCAUGAAAAAGCUCUUAAUUAUGCAACAUUACAUUUACAUAUAUCAAAAGAACUUUGUGAUCCAAUGGGACAAGCAACAGCACAAAUUAAUGUUGUUGAUUUACAAAAAAUACUUGGAAUGGAAAAUAAUGAAAAAGAAAAUGAUAAAUUUAUUAGUAAUAAUAAUAAUAAUACAAAUAAUUUAACAGCACCAUCAUCAAUUAAUGCAAUAACAUCACCAGGAAGAUAUAGACUAAGAAGACAAAGCAUGGAUAAUUUGGAUUUAAUUAAACUAACUCCUGAUGGUAAACAAAAAGAUAAUAAUGAUCAACCACCACCAGCAAGAGCUGGUAUUGCACCACAGCCAUCACAAGAAGAAGAAGAAGAAGAAGAAGACUUUUUUGAAUUAUUAUCAAAAUGUCAAUCUGGCAGAAUGGAUGAUCAAAGAUGUGUAUUAAAUACAAAUAAAAAACCAAGAAUUAAAAUUUUAACAAAUGAAAAAGAAAAAGAUAGUGAUGGUUUAAUUGAACUUAUUGCUGGAAUGCAAAGUAAAAGAAUGGAUGAACAAAGAGUUACAUUACCAUAUUUACCUGGAUUAAAUACAAAUUCUCAUACACAAGCAGCAAUGAAAACACCAGUACGUAAUAAUAAUGAUGCUGAUGAUUUAUUUAUUGAUAUGUUAUUGAGAUGUCAAAGUUCAAGAUUAGAAAAUCAAAGAAGUCCAUUACCAAUAGCAUCAACAAUACGUGAUGCUGAAGAUGAACAAGACCAAAUAUCAAUUGUUAAUAAUAAUAAUAAUACUCAAUCUGGUACAACUGUACCAGAAGAAGAUCUUUUCUCUUUGAUACAGAGGCUACAAGCUGGACGUAUGGAAGACCAACGUGCUUCUGGACUAAGCAAAAAUUAUUAGACCAAAUAUUCAUCAUCAUCUUUUUUAUUUUGCAUUAUUUAAUAAUUAUUUUAUUGAAUUUGUUUUUCUCUUUUAAUUCAACAGUGCCAAUUUAGUGUCUCAAUUAGUCUUUCAAAUUAAUUUAGACUGAUUUUUUAUUUACACUGUGUUGGUUAUUAUUUUUUAAAUACAAAACAGCAAGUUGUAUAUAUGUAUUUUAUUUUUUUUACUCUUGCAUUUAGUUUUUUUUAAUUGCAUUUCAAUAAUUUUUAAUAAAUCAAAAUUAUAAUUGGUGCUUUAAAAAUUACCUACGACCUAAAAAAAAUUCUUAUUCCAUCCAUUUAGCUCAGAUCAAGGUAUUUUCAAUGGCACUGAUUUAUUAAUAUUGCCAAAUAAUAAUAAAAAAAAAAAAAACAUUAAUAAUAUUAAUCAAUUGAAUAAUAAUAUGACUGGAUAAUUAUCAAUGAUA